GACCAAUCAGAUAAAAGAGCUCACUGAGCUGUCAUUCUGAAUGUACCCAUUAUUUCACUUGAACAUUAGUUUCUGCCCAGUUACUUUAUGUUUUUUACGCUAUUUUGUUGUUACGUCGAAACAUGAUGGAAUCACCAUGCGUCGAAUUCAAUUUCUGGUUUAUUUUAGCUUAUUCUGUCUGAAAAAAUGGGUUUCGAUUUUGCAACAGUACAAUUAUGGAAGUCCGUGCGUCAUGUGGAAAGUCCAAACCAGUCGAAACCACCCAUGUGGAACAGUACAAUUGAGUAUAGACUUCAUUUUACCUGUGACAGAUUUCCUAACCUCAAUAGUCAUUAACGCUUAAUAUCGGAUCACAGGGCAGAGUGAUGCAUUUUUUGCCAGAUUCUUUUGUUUCAUGUAAAAAAAUGUGUCGAAUAAGCCUAAGAAUGGUCUCACAAGACUUUCUGAUUUUAACAAUUCAUUCGAUUAUCCGCUCAUAUGUACGCGAUGGAAAGGUGCCGGUUCCCCACGAGACAUAUUUCUCAAGAUGCGUAGUGACACGGACCCUGUAUUCUUCGAUUAUACCUUAUCGAUAAAAGAAUAUUGAAGUUCUGUGCGAAAACGGAAUGGCGAUAGCAGCAGCAUUCCACAUAGAACCAGAAUUUCUAGUUGAUUAUGCAGUCGUAAAGCGAGAAACAAUGAGCGAGAGGCCAGAGUUUGUGCUCUUUGAUGUUAGAGCUCGUACACAUGUUCGACAAUUCGGCAGCAUGGACAAUUUCACCAAUAUAAAUGAUGUUAAUGAAAUCAUAGAAAAUACAGAGGAGGAAUUCCAAAGAGAAUACAGGAUACCUAAACCGAGGGAAGACACAAAAAUGAUAAUUUCUUCCUACUGCUUUGAAAGCGGUCAAGCAGCAGUAAGAAGACUGAGAAAUGUAGGAUACACACAGGUAUUUUUGUAUGGGGAAGGUAUCGAAGAUUGGAACAGAAAUGAAGAGGAGGAGAGCCGAAGAUUUAAAAUCACAUAUUCAGACCUAUUGAUAAACCAAAUGGAUGAAAAUGUUCUGAUCAUCGACAUUAGAGAUGUUGAAGAAAUAGCAGCUAAAGGCGCAAUACCAGGAAGCAUUAAUAUACCAUCGGAAAAAGUUAAUGAAGCAUUCAACCUUUCAGGGAUCGAUUUUUUUAACAUGUAUAAGAUACCCAAGCCGACUAAAGAUACAAAAAUCAUAUUAAGUUGUAGCUCUGGCAACAGAUCCAAAUGUGCCCAGAAACAGAUAAGGAGAUUGAAAUAUCGACAGGUAUUUGAUUUUGAAGGAGGUUGGGACGAGUGGAACAAAAAACAACUAGCAGCAAGAAAAUAAAAAAAGAAUGAUAGUGAAACACAAAAAUGGAAUUAGAAUAUUUUC